CUGCAAAGGGACCUUAAUAACCAUGUUAAAGGACACAUUAAUAUGAAAUGUAACUCACUGUGAGUCUGAUGUUCCUACUAAUUUCUGGAAUUAGUGGCACAGAGAAUAAGUUGCUUUUGUGGGACAAAUGGGGAAUCUGAGACCCCCUUUCCAAAGCACAGGGUCUAUGUCUCCGAGCAUUAGGAAGUGAAGCAAACUAGCAAGACCAUCCAACUUAACACAUUCAGCAGCAUUUGGAGCUAUGGUGGGGAAAACAGGCUCCCUAGUUAAUUUCACACUUCCUCUAUACAUUUCAAAAAACAAGGUGUGACUCUGCAGCUGGAUAUUCAAAAGACCUUCAGAAGGCUAAAUGCCAGGUACUUUCCAAACUUCCCUGCCCUAAAGGAGCUUUCUGUUUCCCCGUGUCUGUUUGCUGGGGGAAAUCCCAAACUGCUCAGUUAAAGCUAGGGCUUUAAGCUUCUCGAAGGAUAUUUCCUGCUCAUUAUGGCUCUGGGUUUACUGGAGCUGUUGGCUUUUGUCAUUCUCGGUGUAGGAAUGCUGGGGGCUUGUCUGCACUCUGCAAAACCCAAGGAAAUUUGCUAAAGAGGAAGGAAAGGAGGAAACGGGCGUCCAAGGUGUGCCUGUGUUCCCUCCUCCCAAGAGCCGCAUGCAGUAAGAGCCGUUGUCUGCGUUUUGACAAAUGAAGAAUCCAAGCUCAGAGGGGUUACCUUGUCCCUAGAGCACACCGCUUCUCCAGCAUUGCACCCCCUCUGCUCCGAGAUCUCUAAGCGGUCGUGGCCCCUCUGGGGCACUCUGCACCUCUCCACCAGGCCCCUCACCACCACUUCCUUGCUGCAGAUUGCCCUAGGUUUGUUUUUCUUCGCUCCCUCAUUAAUGAGUUCCACAGGACAUGCUAAGUCUAGUUAUGCAGCUUUAAUUGGUUUAGUUACAACAAGAUAAUUCCUUUUUUCUUCUCUCAGAGGCCUUUCUGUUUAAAGACAUUUUAGCUGGAAGAUGCUAAUUAUCAAUGAGGAGAAAGUGACACCUGAAGAGUUCAUUCUCCAUCUUGGUCCUUGGUUUCUCCUUUGAACUCCCUCUACCCGGCCCUCGUUCCCACUUCAGCACUUCUCCCCGACCAUCAUAAAAGAGACCUCUGCCCUGGCCGGGCGGCAGAACUUUCCUUCUCACUUGCCACGGAGUCGUUCUCUCUGCAGUUGUGUCGCAGGCAUGGACAGCCUGCGUGAGACCUUCCUCAGCCUCGAAGAUGGCUUGGACUCCUCCGACAGCCCUGGCCUGCUGUCCUCCUGGGACUGGAAAGACAGGGCAGGGCCCUUUGAGCUGACCCAGGCCUCUCCCACCCAGAGCCUCUCUCCGGCCCCAUCGCUGGAGUCCUAUUCUUCUCCUUGUCCGGCUGUGGCUGGGCUGUCCUGUGGGCAUGGAGGUGCCAACAAUGGGGGCGGCGAUGACUGCGGCGGCCUUGGGACUGGCGGCCUGGUGGAGGUGGGCUAUGAUAUGUUAGCUUUCCAGCCUGCCUAUCUGCAGGGUGCUGGUGGCCCCAAAACCCCGAAGGGCACCAAAGUCAGGAUGUCUGUUCAGCGGAGACGGAAGGCCAGCGAGAGGGAGAAGCUCCGGAUGAGGACCUUGGCCGAUGCCCUGCACACCCUCCGGAAUUACCUGCCACCCGUCUACAGCCAAAGGGGCCAGCCGCUCACCAAGAUCCAGACGCUGAAGUACACCAUCAAGUACAUCGGAGAACUCACAGACCUUCUCAACAGCGGGGCCCAGAGCACCUGAGCUCGGCCCAGGGACUCAGGGACUUACCACCCAGCCCCCUGGGUGGGGGCAGAGGACCUUUAAAGACCUGGACCACCUCACGGCACAACAGCACCUGGUUAUCGUUAUACAGUGAGCGUGGUGACCUUGUUGUCUGAAAAGUUCUAAGGGAAUUCCCACUGGACUAGUCAGGACCACCAGAACACUUAACUGACAGUCAGCAGGUACUUUUGCUUCCAGUUUUCCCACCAUUUCUCAAGAGACUUGCCCUUUGCAAAGAGACAGUUGGCUUUACCCUUUUCUGUCUGUUCGAGGUAUUUUAAAGGGUCAGUGAUUUCAAAUGUAUUUUUUCAAUCGUGUAAAAUUGUUACAAUUAAUCUUCUCCUGCCAUUUUGGGGGGGGGGUAGCUUUCUUUCUGUUGCUAACUAAACCUGUAUUUUGUACGGGAUCCAGGGUGACACCUGGAUUCUUACUUAGAAAGAUUAGUGUCAAGUAAAGGGCUACAGCGCUCCUGUUUUAUUUUGUUCGUGUGCGUGUGUGUGUGUGUGUGUGUGUGUGUGUGUGUGACUAAAAUCAGGCCUUUGCUUUUGCAGGGAACAAAAUCACUUAAAUGCAGAAGAAAUUAGUGACAUGGUAAAUAGAAACUCACAGGCAGACAGACUACAUUAAGACAGACUGGAGAGUUUAAAGACCAGCCCCUUCUCUCUUAAGGGAAAGAAAAGGAGGCUUUACAGGGCUUUUGGAGCCAGAGGAGGAAAAGGCGGAAGACUCAGCAUCACAGCCGGGGCUUGAAUAGAGCUGGGAGGGUGGGCUCUCCCUGAGCCAGGCCGGGUGUGAAUAUGAUGACCUCA